AUGGAUUUUGCUGAUUUAUACAAACUUUCAAUUGUAGUUCAAGGAGUGGUCUCAGCUGUUGGCCUCUUGAUUCUUUGUUCAGUAGUAAUAAUAAUCUAUUCAUGUUGGAUUUCACCAGUUCUAGCUUAUCGAAAGCUCAAGAGGAAUGGGUUCAAAGGCCCUCCGCCAUGUUUCCCGCUUGGGAACAUUUCCGACAUGAGAAAGAAGGUCGCCCAUAAGAAAAGCAAAGUGUUACCUUCUGACAAUCAUCGUCAAUCUCUUGAAAUCACCAAUGAUAUUCACCCCAUAGUGUUUCCUUACUUUUCUCAAUGGAGUAGAUUGUAUGGAAAGGUGUUCAUCUAUUGGUUAGGUACAGAGCCAUUUUUGUACGUAUCAGACCCUGAAUUCAUCAAACAGAUGUCUUCGGGAGUCAUGGGUAAAAGUUGGGGAAAGCCAAAAGUAUUCAAAGAGGAUAGGAAACCCAUGUUUGGUAAUCAUGGACUUCUUAUGGUUGAAGGUGAAGAUUGGGUUCACCAUAGACACAUCAUUACACCUGCAUUCUCACCAUCCAACUUAAAGGCCAUGGCGAAUACAAUGGUGGAUUCUGCAAAUAUCAUGUUAGAUCAGUGGAGCAACAUAUUGGACUCCAACAACAAUAAGCACGAAAUAGAUGUUGAAAACGAUAUAACAAAAAUGACCGCGGAGAUAAUUGCGAGGACAAGCUUCGGUAGUAAUAUUGUUAAUGACGAUAAUGGAAGGAAAGUAUUUGAGAAGUUAAGAGCAAUGCAAUUAGCGCUAUUCAAGUCGACCAGAUUAGUAGGUGUACCAUUUAGCAAGUUCAUAUACCAAAAGCAAACACAAGAAGCAAAAAAACUAGGACAAGAAAUAGAUGAGAUUCUUGUAUCCAUCGUACAAUCAAGAAAGGAAUCUAUAGGUUGUAAUGAUGAUCAGGGACAAGAUUUUCUAGGUAUUAUGUUCCAAGAUGAUAGUAAAAAUAAGAAACUAAGUCUUGAGGAGUUAGUUGAUGAAUGCAAGACUUUGUUUUUUAGUGGCCACGAGACAACAGCUUUGUCACUCACAUGGACUUUGUUCUUACUAGCUUUGCAUCCAGAAUGGCAAAAUCAUCUUAGAGAAGAAAUCAAACAAGUCAUUGGAGAAGGGAAAUUGCUUCUAAAUGAUCUCACAAAUAUCAGUAAACUUAAGAAGAUGGGAUGGGUGAUGAAUGAGGUCCUGCGGUUAUAUUCAGCAGCACCAAAUGUCCAGAGACAAGCAAGAGAAGAUAUUCAAGUUGGUGAACUCAUAAUUCCGAACGGAACAAACAUAUGGGUCGAUUUGGUAGGAAUGAAUCACGACUCGGAUUUGUGGGGGAAUGAUGUGAAUGAGUUCAAACCAGAGAGGUUUAAAGAUGAUACUCUACAUGGAGGAUGCAAACACAAAAUGGGGUAUCUGCCAUUUGGUUUUGGUGGAAGAAUGUGCAUUGGAAGAAACUUAACUAUUAUGGAGUACAAAAUCGUUUUGAUUUUAUUACUCACUAGGUUUUCAUUUACUCUUUCCCCAAGUUACAACCAUUCUCCUGCUAUCAUGCUUUCUCUUAGACCAACAAACGGUUUACCUCUCAUAGUUCAACACAUUUAAUCUAGUACGUUUAACAUGUAUCAUAUCUUGAAUUGGGUGCAAAAAGGCAUUGCCAUUGAGUAGAUGUCGCUGGAAGUCUAUUAUCAUUGCUAUGUUCUCUUCUUUAUUGCUAAAAUUUUUCGAUAUUAAUAAACUACUUAAAAUCAUUUAUUUGGAUAUAUAUAGGGAUCAAUGUUUUUAUUCUUUGAUAAUUAAAUUAGCUCCUGACGUGAUUCAUGGCUACUUCUUUGGACGACAACAACAAUAUUCUACAGCGAUAAAACAUACACCACGAGGAUAACCUAGUGAUUUGCAACGGCUAUCACAUUCUUGAGUACUUUCACAUCUUUUGUCUUGGUAGACGCAUUUUCUUUCUUUGUCUGCUAUUACUCCUAGUGUUGCUGCUGCUGC